CAUUGUUUCCGCGUAUGGCAUUUAAGUUUAGUCCUUGACGAGUACCGACAAGAAAGUAAUUUUUUGAUAUAUAUUUGUUUAAUCUAACCAAUGGAAAGUGUGAAUAGAAUAUUUUUGAUAGUGGUUGUCACAAGAAAAGUAUAUGGCCAAUUAGAGCCAAUCGAUGGCGCAGAAUGGACAGAACAUUGUAAUAUACGACCCUACAUGUAUCGGCAAUGUUGCAUAUUGCCUCCAUUCUUCAACCGAGAUGUAGCAAAGACCUGUGGCGCCAUGUUUCAAGUUAAUUUUGAAAACCGUGGCAAUAUUACAGGUCUCCAAAGACUUUCCGCAACUGGAUGUCGCUAUUGGGACUGCAUGCUAACGAAAUACGAUCUCAAGGCAGACGAUGAUAACAAAGUAUUAGACAUCGCAAAAUACUACGAACAUUUGAACAGCUGGGUUGAACUCAAUCCAGAUUUCACCGAUGUCAUGUUGAAAGCUAAGAUUGAAUGCAAGCAGAAUUUUAGAAUGAGUUUACCGAUACCUGUUUGUGAGUUCAAGGAUUUUAAUGCUUGUCUCAGGAAUUAUAUUAAUGUGAACUGUCCGAAUAUUAUUCCAACUCCAGACUGCAUGGAAGUAAAGAAAUUCUACGAACUCUGCCACGAGUUUUAUCAAUAA